AAUAGUCUAAUUUGUGGUUUCCUUUGCGCUACACAUGCGAUCUGCGUUAUUCCGUCUUAGUUGUGUUUUAAAGCGUGUUUUUCUUUUAUUAUUCUGAAGUUUUUAUUUAUUUUUAUAGCGUUUUUGUCUUUUGAUACUCUGUUGUUUUAUUUAUAUAAUGCUAUAGUUAAUUAUUAAGGUUGUUUGUUAUUGAAAGGAAGCAAAAUGCAAUGUUCACAUGACAUAACUGCAACGACCGGUGCAGCGCCGCAAAUAUUCGCAACCGCGUUCAACUUCUUCGCAGCAUCGCAAUGUCUUUCGUAUCCUGAGUUCAGAUCCGAUGUCGUAGACAAUGAUCUCAUGUUUGACUUCAUAAUAGUGGGUGGGGGUUCAGCUGGAAGCGUAGUAGCAAAUCGAUUGAGUGAAGUCAAACAUUGGAAAAUUCUACUCCUCGAGGCCGGACCUGCGCCACCUAUUGAAUCAAGUAUACCAAAUCUGGACGUAACCUUACUGGAAACAAAAUAUGAUUGGAACUAUUAUACCGAGCACAUUGCUCCGUCUGAAUGUGGUGGUUCAAAAAGAAAAAUACCUUGGCCUCGAGGGAAAAUGCUUGGUGGUUGCAGUUCAAUAAAUGGAAUGAUCUACAUAAGAGGAAGACCAGAUGAUUAUCAAAAAUGGGUAGAAGCUGGGAAUCCUAGUUGGAAUUGGAACAAUGUUACGAAAUACUUUAGGAAAGCGGAAAGUUUACAAUCCAAGAGACUAUUAAAUGAUCAUUUAUCUAAUGAAAUUUACGGACACCACGGACCACUUAUAAUAGAUAAUUAUAAUAGCACCUAUAGGAAAUAUACAAACUGUGUACUGAACGCAUUUGAUGAGUUAGGAGUACGUAAAGUUAAUGAUAUAAAUACAGUGUUAGAUGUUCAGGGUAAGGGAUAUGCUGGAAUAUACACUGCAACUGUCUCUAGCGGUCGCAGGCAAAGCACUUACGAAACUUAUCUAAAAUCUGUUAGAGGCAGGGAAAACUUGAAAAUUAUCACAAAUGCACUAGUAAAUAGGAUAUUGAUAAAUGAUAGUUCAGUAGCAUACGGCGUAGAAGUAGAAAUAAAUGGAAAGAUUAUGACGUAUUUAGCAUCAAAAGAAGUAAUUGUAAGUACUGGUACGAUAAAUACUCCAAAGUUGCUAAUGCUAUCUGGAAUAGGCCCUCAGAAACAUUUAACGUCAAAAGGGAUUCUGUGCAGAAAAGAUCUACCAGUUGGACAAAACUUACAAGAUCAUAAUAUGGUUCCUAUUUUUAUUUAUGGGGAUGAACCUGGAACAUUAGAUGAAGCACAAAGACGUUAUGAAGAAAUAAGAUAUCUUGUGGAUGGCUCCGGUUAUUUGGGUCAAGUCAGUUUUUCUGAUAUAACGGCAUUCUUUUCUCGGUAUGAUAAUAUGUCCAUGCCUGAAUUUCAGAGCCAUUUUGUGUUACUUUUUAAAAAUACAACACAAAAUUCAAAUAAGCGCUUCAUGUCGUACAGUCGAUCCGUACAGCGAUCAAUAAUAGAAUUUAAUUCGAAAAAGGCAAUGUACUUAUUUACGGUGCACUUGUUACAUCCAUUUUCGAAGGGAUCAAUUUAUCUCAACACGAGUCACCCCAACUAUGAUCCUAUUAUAGAUGCAAAUUAUUUUAAUGAUCCGCGAGAUUUGCAAGCUAUUGCAGAUAGUAUACACAUGUUAACAAAGAUUAUUAAUUCGCAAUAUUUCCGAUCAAUAAACGCGUUCGUACACAAAAUAAACUUGCCUGAGUGUGAGGAAUUUGACUUUCAAAGUGAUCCGUAUUGGAAAUGCUACGCGAAUAGUAUGUUGUUAACUUUGUACCAUCCCGUGGGGACUGCAAAGAUGGGACCAGAUCCGUCUGAUUCAGUUGUUGAUAAUUACCUGAGAGUGCAUGGUGUGCGUGGUUUGCGUGUAAUAGAUGCUAGUGUGAUGCCCGGUCUAACCAGUGGCAAUACAAAUGGUCCAACCAUUAUGAUUGGAGAAAUGGGAGCAGAUAUGAUUAAAGCAGACUAUCAUGAAGAUAUCGCUCGUUGGUAAUUUACUUAUAAGAAUAAGCAGUGGUGAUAGACGUGAUUGAAAGCGCUAAGAACACUUUAUUUUUUUGGUAGAAGUACAUAGAAGGCUGUGUGUAUAUUGUAAAAUCUAUAAGCCAGUUCAGUUAACAUACUUACUUUCCCUUUACAUUUCAUAUUACUAUUUUUCAAGGGAAAUUACAAUGUAAAAACAUAAUAUUUCAAAAAAGUGUAAUCAAAAACUAACGAUUUUUAUCAACUAUAAGAAUUUAAUGCAGCCGAAAAAAUACGGCGCAGUUCAAGCGAAAUUUAGAUCUAAUAAAAAUAUAAUAAUAAAUAAA